AUGUCAGUGGUCUCGGUUGUCAAUAACGCAAGUGUAGAUGAAAAGGACCCUGGCCAUGCAUGCAAAAAGCUGAAAAAGACAGCUCAUGUGAUAGUACUCACCAAUGAUGAGGACAAUAUGCCAUCUUGUGAAGAGAAAAGAAAAACCAAGGCAAAGAGAAAGGCCAAGGACAAGCCUGUAGAGCGGGGACCAGCAGAACAGGCCACUGCUACCACAGUUUUGAAUACAAUCCUGGUUUUCAACAAUGAGCAGGAUUUAUUUGAUUAUGUGUACAUUGGUGUUAUGGGAUUUGCAUUUAUUGACCAUUUCCCACGUGUCCUCCAACUGGCUCAAGUGCGCGGGAUCAUCCAGACACCUGCAGGAAAGCAAGAUGUCGCUCGUGGGGCAGCUAGAGUAACAAACAACACUACUACUGCUCCUGGUGGCAGCAGCAGCAGCAGCACAGCUGCACCUCAUGCCAGGCUUAUUGCUCCCUUCUCUAUGGCUGACCAGGAUGGACUUGGUCUGGCCACUCUGGCCACUCCAACUAUUCAAACUGGUCAUUCUGAUAGCUACUUCACUAGGAUCACCACUCCUUUCUCAAUGACUGAUGGCAGUGACAGUGUUACCAGCAUGGCUGCUCUGACUAUUCCAACUGGUUACCCUGACAGCUACUUCACUGGGCUUGCUGCUCCCUUCCCUGGAUUCAAUGACAAUGCUUUCCCUGCUAACCCUGUUGACAUCCCAGUGGCUAGUAAUGGCCUCUCGCAAUGA